AUGCGGGCUGCGAGAGCACUUGCUGCCGAUGAUAUCCCUGCUGUGGCAGUUCUGGCAGAUGCCCGUCUUUUCAUCGAGACGUGUGAUAAGCAAAGCUGUGACAAUUUCCGGGCCGCGAGCGCUGCAAGCUUGUCCACCAUGGCCACGAGAACAGGAACUGCCGAAACUAGUAACAACUCUAGUAGGCUUAGCUGGUCGAGGUUCCGUCUACCGCCAUUGCAGCCCCAACUGCCAGAAGUUGAAGCAAGAAAGGAAGACAAGGCCAGCAAAUCUGUUCGCAGACACAAGCGGAGGCAUCGGGACAAGGACGCGGCUAAGACGGAGACCCCUCAGCAGCCCAGGACGGCUGAAAAGAGCGCAAAGCUGUCUAGCAAGCCUGCGAAUGCGUGCGGACUUGAACGCGAUGAGAUCGUGAAGGGUGCUACCUACACGUGGGUGCGGAGCGGUCUUCUGGGCCGUGGCUCCAUGGGCACAGUUUGGAAGGCGAGGAUUGCCAGCACAGAGGAGAUCGUGGCCGUGAAGGAGGUCGAUUUGGACAGGGAUUUGCAAGUGCCCAGUGAAAUCGCAAACGAAGUGGCCACCCACCGCCAGCUCAACCACCCCAAUAUCGUCAAGCUGCUUGGCACAGACGCCGUGCUGGCUAGAUACUACAUCUACUUGGAGUUCAUGCCCGGAGGGUCACUGCGACAGAUGUUGAAGCGGGAUGGGCCCCUGAGAGAGGUCCAGAUCUGUAACUAUGCCUCCCAGAUCGUGAGUGCUCUGAGCUACAUGCAUCGGCAGGCUGUACUACACAGAGACGUGAAGACUGGAAACAUCCUGCUUACAGAAGACAUGAAGUGUGUAAAGCUCGCAGACUUUGGGUGCUCAAAGAAGUCCAAAGUUAGCGCCAAACACACGUUUCGAGGUUCUGUUCUAUGGAUGGCACCUGAGAUUAUUAAUGGUGAGAAGUAUGGUUGCAGAGCCGAUAUUUGGAGCUUCGGAUGCACAUUGAUUGAGAUGAUUACAGCCCAGCCCCCCUGGGGCAAGUUUCAAUCGCAAAUGGCGGCCAUGAUGCAUAUUGCUUGCUGCGAAAAGUCGCCACCACUCGAAGAAGAGGUCAGUCCCCACCUGCGGGACCUCGUGAGCGCCCACGCUGAAGGCCCCAAGGGCUCCCCCGAGCUCCGCCGCUUGGCCAUGGAGGCCCGGCAGCUGCUUCUAGACUUCCCGGUGAAGGUCCGGCCGCCCGGGUGGAGGACCUGGGUCGGCAACUCAUGGUCGGGGCUGAAGGUAGCGCUCGGGACGGUCUGGGGCGUCCUGACGCUCGUGGCGUCGAUGUGCCAUGAUGCGGUGAGCAUCUUGGUCUUGGCGGCCACGGGAAAGGCAGAGGAAGCGGAGGCAGCAACCGAGGAUUCGGCAGCUGAACCUCGAGCCCCCAGCCAGCCAAAGGCACGCAGUCGCACUGCCAAAAUGCGAAAACAGCCGAGAGGGCCUUCAGCAGCCAAGGAAAGUGCCGCAGAGGACGAGCAGGAAGAGGAGGAAGAGGAGGAUGCCCGAGGCGUAGGAAGGCUAUCGCGCGAUAGCCGGAACCUGGAAGCCGAAACGGUUUGUGGCGAAAACGGAAGCGAGAAGAGUCCGCUGUGCUCAUCUCUGCUCUUGACGUGGAAGGAACGUCGGAUGAGCUACGAGAGCCAAAAGGACGCGCUGUCUCUCAUGGCUGUGCAGAAGGCACGAGAUGGCAGGAUUCCAAUGAGUCAGGCCAAGUUUCGGUAUCCGGACGGACGAUGGACCGGAAGGCCACAGGACGAUCCAGGCUCCCUUACGGAUGAAGGACACGACACCCCAGAGCACGGGGUGCCAGACACCCCCGACCGCCAGCCCCAAGAGAUCCAAGAGGAGUCGGAGAAGAUCCGCGUCCCUCCCGGUCAGUCCCUGAAGCCGUCGACCACUGACGUGUUCGAGCGGCUUCACGCCUACCAUGCAGCAAGUCUGGAGAAGAAGGCACUUCUGCAGAAGCUGGCGGCUCAGCAAGUAGAUGCCCAGACCGAGUCGCUGAAGCGCUGCACGGUGCGCACCUGUUCCUCAGAAGAGGAGGCCUUGCAGAUCUACGGGCGCCUGUAUCAGGAGGCAGCUCACCGGCGGAGGAGGCAGGUGGAGCGCGAGCAGGAGGAGACUCUCAGCUCACAGUGCUCCACCUCCUUACGGAGUCAGGUGGAGGGACCUCCGCGCUGGGAGCAGCUGUACCACAGUGCGCCUCUCAAAGAGAAGCGUCUUGGGGAUGAACGGAAGCGAGCUGCAGAAGCGGAGGAGCGCUGGCUGGCGCAGCACUGCAUCCAUCGCAGCAGCGACAAGGCAGAAGCAGCAGAGAUCUUCGACCGACUUUACGGCGAGAGCGAAAGCCGUGAGCGCCGCCGGGAACAGCGCAAAGCUGCAGAGGUUGCCUCCCAAGUGCGCGAGCUCGCUGAGAGCUCUGUCCACAGCCGCACUCUUUCGGUAGCGGACUUGGAGCUGAGAACAAGGCGCCUCUAUGAAGACGGCCUGCAACGACUGCAGAGACUGGAGGCGGUUACCACGAAGCAUGUCCAUGUGCUGUGGCAUGAGCUGGUGCUGUACUACACCCAAGCUGCGACGGCUCACCAAGGAUGCGGGAUCGCGCAUGGUACGCAGGUCUGGAGCCCGGCUCUGCAAAAGCCGAACCUGCCGAUUGCAACGCUCCUUGCGUCCUUGGCUCAAGAUGUCUGCCAGCCGCCCCGAUGCUUCACAGCCUGUAAGAAGCCACAAGAGCAGGAUUGCCGGCACGUCUGCAAGGAUCCCAAGUGCACGGUGGUAUGUCCACCGCAGACUUGCCAUUCAGAGAAUUGCCCGCCGCCGGCAUGCAGUACUGUUUGCGGCGAAGCAGAGUGCCACAUGGAGUGCCCUGGAAGCGGGUGUGAGACCCGCUGCGAAGAUCCCGUGUGCCACUUCGACUGUAAGGUUGACAUGAAGACUUGCGUGAAGCCGGAUUGCAAACUUACUUGCCAAGCCCUCAGACAACGAGACGUGCACGGCAGGGCACAUCCGCUGGCUGUCCCGCCUUUCUCCGAGGCCCCAAGGGGUUGGGAGCCCGGCAGAGUGCGCUUGCUCUUACGUUUCGCAUACACGUCAUCUUGA